AUGUUCAAAGCCUACUAUAAGCUGGGCAUGGUCACCUUCAAGGUCCUGAAGGGUCUUAACAGCAAUGUUGAGAGUAAUACAAACAAAUCUGCAACACAAGACUUGACGGCAGUCAAAAUAAAGACGGCUGGCGGGGGCGGACCUGAGGAAAUCAUCAUUAGAUCAGCAUACCUCCCUUACGACAGUCCGGAUCCACCACCAACCAGGGAAGUGGAAGAGUUGGUUAGUACCUGCCAAGCAGAGGGACUACAACUUAUAAUUGGCUAUGAUGCCAAUGCACACCACCUAACCUGGGGAAGCACCAACACCAACGAAAGAGGCAACAAACCUACUUUCGUAAAUACGAAAAGUAGUGAAGUGAUAGACAUAACGAUAGGAACUACAUUUGUAAGUAACUACGUUCAGAAAUGGAAUGUGUCCGAUGAGGAAAGUUGUUCAGACCAUCGACACAUAAACAUUGAAAUCGGAGGGAUUCAGACCUCGAUCAUAACUUAUCAAAAUCCUAGGAAAACAAACUGGGGAGCCUAUACGGUGGACCUGGAAACCUGUUUAGACCGCAUGGAUUUUGACAUCAGAGAUUCCAUAGACCUAGAGUUGGCAGCAGAUCGAUUACAGGGAGCUAUCAUCUCUACGUACAACGAACAUUGUCCCAUAGUAAACCAGAGAUCAAACAGGAAUGUGCCCUGGUGGAAUGAAGAUCUGGCGAGGAUGAGACAAAAAACUAGAAAAUACUUCAAAUGUGCAAGGAGAUCAGGUUCAUGGGACCAAUACAGAAGGUCCCUAACUGAGUAUAACAAAGUCCUGAGAAAAUCCAAGAGAGAUACGUGGAGAAGGCAAUGUGAGGAGGUCGAACAGACCAAAGCAUAUGCCAGGCUCUACAAAAUACUCUCGAAGGAACCUCAGGUCUCAAUAAAUAAUCUGAAAACGAAUACGGGGGAGUAUACAAAAACCGGAGAAGAGACUAUUAGAGUUCUUUUCCGG